CAUAACUAAGCUGCUCAUAGUCCAUCCCUGAGCUCCCGCAGAAUCUUCUAUACCUUCUACCUUCUACUUCUCUCUAUUUCUCAACUCUUUCCUUCGCUUUUCCCUCAACCAAAAAUGGUCAAGUUGGCUGUAGGUUCCGCCGCCGAUUCAUUCAGUGCGGCUUCUCUUAAAGCCUAUCUCUCUGAAUUCAUCGCCACUCUCCUUUUCGUUUUCGCCGGUGUUGGCUCCGCCAUUGCCUACGGUAAAUUGACGUCCGAUGCAGCAUUGGAUCCACCAGGUUUGGUGGCAGUGGCAGUGGCUCACGCAUUUGCUUUGUUUGUGGGUGUGUCGAUGGCAGCCAACAUCUCCGGUGGGCACCUGAACCCAGCAGUGACUUUUGGGUUGGCCAUCGGCGGCAACAUCACCAUCUUGACUGGCUUGUUCUAUUGGAUAGCCCAAUUGCUUGGCUCCAUUGUUGCUUGCCUCCUCCUUCAAUUUGUUACCAACGGCAAGAGCAUUCCAACCCACGGCGUGGCAGCAGGACUUGGAGCAAUUGAAGGAGUUGUCUUCGAAAUAAUAAUCACCUUCGGUCUGGUCUACACAGUUUACGCCACCGCCGCGGACCCCAAAAAGGGUUCUCUUGGAACCAUUGCCCCAAUCGCCAUCGGCUUCAUUGUGGGUGCCAACAUUCUCGCUGCUGGCCCAUUUAGCGGUGGGUCCAUGAACCCGGCCCGUUCAUUCGGCCCAGCUGUUGUAAGUGGAGACUUCUCUCAGAUUUGGAUCUACUGGGUCGGCCCACUUAUUGGCGGUGGCCUUGCCGGGCUUAUCUAUGGCGAUGUGUUUAUUUCCUCUUAUGCCCCUGUUCCCGUCUCUGGUGAUUAUGCUUAAAAUCUCAAUUUGAUUUCUUUGGAAUGUGUUGUUUUGUUUUGUUUGUGUGUUCUUCUUUUAUUGGAAAAAAGAAUUUGUAAUUUUCUCUCUUUUCUUUCAAUGUUUUUCUUUUGAGGUAUUUUCCUUUUCUCAUCAAUGUACUUUUCUUUUAGGUUUUGUGUUUAUUGUCAAUUAAUAAAAAAAAGUGUAAAUUACUA